CAUAGCCAUCAAAAUGGUGGGGAGGGAGUGAGUGUGCGCGAGCGCGAGCGCGCCGUCAUCACAGCUGAAGGAUGUAAACAAAUGAGGACAGCGUGUCUCUUCUAUUCAGCUUGAAUUUCCUGGAUCAAGUCUGUGGAUGUGGCAAUGGACAAAUAUUUGGUAACUCCCAAAAGAAAAAUGGCUGAUGAUAUUACAGAAAAUUUUGAUGCUAAUGGAGAUAUCAAGAAAUCUAAAGGAAAUCAUGUUCGCAGUGAAGGAUUUGCAAUUACAGAAGUGCGUGGAGAUUUGUUUACAUGUCCCGAUGGAACGUCCCUUGCCCAUUGCAUAUCACAAGAUAUUCGAAUGGGCAAGGGUAUUGCUACACAUUUUAAGACCAAAUAUGGUGGUGUGCAGGAGCUGACAGAGCAAGGCAAGAAACCAGGUGAUGUUGCUGUUCUGAAACGAGGCCAGAGAUAUGUGUAUUAUUUAGUCACUAAGGAAAGAUAUUGGCAAAAGCCCACCUAUAUAAGUCUACGUUCAUCUCUACAAGCUAUGAAACGGCAUUCCAUACUUCACAACGUUGCAGCUAUUGCCAUGCCCCGCAUUGGGUGUGGUCUCGAUGGUCUGGUAUGGGAUCGCGUGCGGGAGAUCCUUACCGAUGUCUUUAAAGAUACCGAUAUUAAAAUAUCUGUUUACACUAUCUGAGAAUUUAUACAUAACAUUUUAGGCACUUGAAGCAACUGUUUAAGCUUGCACAUGCAUCUCAAGGCUGUGUACUUCACUAUCAUGAGUGAGUUUGUCUUGAGGCAGUUUGAUGUGUGUAUGUUAGCUUCACAGUUUUAUAACCCCCAGAUAGAAUCUGAAAAAAAAGAGUAUUUUAUUAUAAGCUUUAGAAUAUAGAUGUUGGAGUUACAAUGGAUCAUUUGUCUUGAUCUGAGGAAAGCAUAUCCCUCCAAUGGUUAUACACAUACAUUAUUGCAAUUUACAUGGGGUAGGUUAUUGUCAGAGUGCUACAAAUGAUAUUAUCCAGUCGAAGGAAUAUUACUUCAUAUAAGGGCAGCUGUAUUAAUUACUAAGAAGCAGGAAACAUAUAAAAUAACAUAUUCACCGUAAUUGCAAGUGCACAAUAGGGAGUGGAUGUGAUAUUCUUGCUGUUUUGUGUAUAGUGUGUGCUAAUGAUUGUGAAGUGAGUAGAAGAAAUUCAGGUAUCUGUUUUUUCAAAGUAGCAUGAUGUUUGUAGAUGAAUGGAAGUAUAUAGGCAACAUUAAAUUAAGUGUUGAGCUUGCAGUAUAGUAUGGCAACCAUGUCAGAUAUUUUCUAAAAUGGUUAUUUCGAUUUUCAAGAAUUUGUAACUACAAAUUUGUUUUCCACAGAAUUUUCCAGGAUGUUGAUAGUUUCAAGCAGAUGUUAUUUUUGGCAGGAAGAGUUUGAUUAUAUCACACUUGUAAAUUUCAGUAGAACUACUAAGGUGUGUUUUUACCUGAGCCUAGAAGUAAGGACCCGCCUGGUGCUCUGUUACCUAAUACUUCGCACAUUACGCUUACCACUCGACACACACACAACCAAGGCUGACUAAUUAGAAAGUGCGUGCUGAUGGAAACACUUGGCAAACACUGGAGACUUUUUUUUUUUUUACCGGGAAUGAGUUAUUCGUAGGAUAACACAACCAGUUGGCAAAAUAUCCCUGUGUGAAAUUUGUAGAUUUAUACUACAGAUUAUAAAUUUUUAACUUAAUAAGCAUAAUGUUUAUUACCAUAAAUUGGACAAAAGAGCAACAUUUAAAGCCUGAUUAGUUCUGGCUGAUUUAAAUUAUCAGCUUUAAAUUAGACUUAACUACAGUAUAUCUCCAUGUAUUUCUUAGUUAUAAAAGUAGUACAAUAUUAAGAAAUUGUGGUUUGUUUCGGUGUGAUGUCACACAAUACACACACACAAAAGAAAGACAAUCUGAUGAAUGAGCUGUUCAAAUCUAAUAUAACUAAGAUCAUACUAUAACACCAGUAUAGUUUUCUUAGUAAUUUCAUUUUUUAUACAGUUCAGUACGUGUGAUUUAAACCUUAAUUGUUAGAUACACAAGUGCCAGAAUCUAAGACUUUUGGGAUAAUGAAAGUUAUUUUGGAGUGCUUGAAGUUCUGAAAUUUAACAAAUAUGUAAAGUUAUUUUGUAUCUGUUACAGCCCAGUUAUCAAUCAAAGUUCACAACUCUAAUUUGACCAUAUAGCGAAUUUGAGUUCAUGACCUUGUAAGAUUCAAAACGGCCAAAGUUUCCCAUGAAAGAGCAUCAGAGAUCAUUUUUAUUAAUCAAAGUUUCUCGCUAGGCAGUAUUGUGAUUAUUCAUUACUCCAAAACCUUUUUAAUCCCUAUUAUUCGAGAUUUGUCGAUAUAUUGCACCCAAUAUAACCAGUACGGCAUACUGUGUUCUCUCAUGUCGAGAAUUUCAUGGGGAAUCUGAGAACUGAUGCUCACAAUUUCAAUCCUAGCUAGACUCAUGAUGCACUUUGAUGGGAAUCCAUGUUGACCCAAUAUUUAGUGUUUUAUAUGUCUGAUAAAGAGGCUCAGUCAGACAUGAAGUUGCAUGCCCAAAGAAGUUGUCUGAAUAUUUUGUAUGACAAGACUGAAAAGUGCCAAGCUUUCAAAUAUAGUGAGCGGUGGAGCAGAAGCUCUCUUUUCUCCUUUUACUUGUAGAUAUAGUAAGUACGAUAUUGUGUGAAAGUUAUAUAUGUAUACACCGAAAGGGUACAUAGGUAACUGUCUUCAUUUCAAAAUGUAUUUAUGUAGAAGGCAUGUUAUCUUGCAGGGAAAUACCAGUUGUUUGUGAGGAUUUACUAUGUAACUACCCAAAUACCGUGUCAUUUAGGCAUAUGCUGAAGAAGUACUAAUGCAAAUCCUUCUGUAGUAAUAUGGUCAUGACACUUCUGCCUUUAUUGGCUGUAAAGACAGUUUUUAGUUCGUAAUAAUGAACAUCUGAAUGCUUGUUAAAACUAACUGUGGCACUUUUCUUCUAACAAAUAUAUUAUUCACACACACAACAAGCUACAGUAUAUGAUUUAAAUAUUUUUGAUUGUCUGUAUUAAUUUAAAUAUACAUAAUAUAGACAUAUGAAAGUAAGUUAACGCUUACUAAAAUAUACUAAUUAGCAAAGCAUUUCUGUACGAGUAUAUAUGCUGUACCAUAGUGAGCAACUCACAUACAGCUUCUGUGAAUUACUGAAUGAUACCACAAGAAAUUUAGCUUUCAUAAUGUUACACGAAAUUAAAGCACAUUUUACUCAAAAUUGUAGUUGAUAAUGUUGUUUGCCAGAAAGUUUAUCAAAGUGAUGACCUACAGCAGACGUGAACUUGAGAAAAGAUAUAUAGUCAUUUGCCCCCCCCCCCCCCCCACCACCCCAUCAUACAUGUCUUGGAAUUGUUGUAUACUUGUGAAGGUUAUGGAAAUAAGGAUAGUAAGAUAGCUUCUAAUUUACCCCUCUUCCAGUUAUUAUCUUUAUUUGCAAUAGUUUUCACUCAUGGUAAGCACAAUCGCCUAUUUGUUUAUUGUGAUGCUGACCUUUGUUAUAUAUUAUAUUAAUUUAAGUAUGCCCUGUAUAAUAUGUAACUUUUUAGGAUAAUUCCCAGGAUUUUUAUGCCACUAUUGUGGCAUGCAUACUACUAUAAUGUGUAUCCAUAAUACCAUUUUUGUAUAAUAUAUACAUGACAAUGUUAUAGUCAGUUAAUGUUGUAUAGCUGUUUCAUUAUUAAUGCAUUUUUGUUUGCUUGGCUGCCAUUCCUUGUUUUAGUCAUAAAUGAACACUGUAUUGUUUCACCAGAUAAACCUCAAUAUUUUAGGCUACUGUGCAUCUGACACAAAUGUACCAGUGAUUUUUUUUUUUUUCCCUAACAAGCUUAAUAAUAAUCAAAA